UUUUUAUUUGUUUGAUUUUCUGUUUUCUGUUCUGUGCUGGAGUCUGUUUGUUUUCUCGGAAAUUGAUUUCCAUGAAAAUGAUUCCUGGAAAAUCUUUUUGCAAAAAUGAAAUUUCACUUUCUGUUUUUUGGAGCCUCUUAGCUUUUACCUUGUUAUCAACCUUUUACGUAUUAGCUUUAUGAAAAUUAAGAAAAAGAAAAAAAUUCUUUCUUCUGUAAUUUAAGUUUGUGCUUUUUUAUAAUAUAUUUUUUUCUCUGUUCUACGUCAUUUCUUACUUGAUCAACAUCUAUCCGUAGCUCUUUUUUUUUUUCUUUUCUGUUGCUGUUAAAAUCUAUGAAUUUGAAAUUAUUCUUUUAUUUAAAAUGUAGAAUGUAAAAUGUUUAAACUGCGAAAAUAUAUAAAUUUGGUAGCUGAGAGCUAUUAUGGUGGGGUGGAGUGCAUAUUUCUGUUUUUGGUAAUUGAAUGGAUUAGGGUACUGUUCUGCUGCACAUUUUAUGACAUACAAUUGACUAUAAGAUAUUUCUUCAAUGGGGGGAGCUUGUUCUAGGAAGAGGAAUCAAUUGGAAAAUGAAGAUAAUUUACAAAGGGGCAUUUCUAGAAGAUAUAGCAAAAGUGGAAGCUCAAAGUGGUUGGCAACUUCAUUUUCUAGACCUGCCUAUGAACUACUGCGGGGAAAUCAGAGAUGUCCAUCUCUCAUGGAAUUAUGCAUCCAAAAAAUACGCGAGGACAUAGAUAAAUACAGUACAUUUUCAAUGCUUCCAAGGGACAUUAGUCAGCAGAUCUUCAAUGAGUUGGUGUAUUCUCAACGUUUGAAUGAUGCUACUAUUGAAGCUUUUCGAGAUUGUGCUCUCCAGGAUCUUCACCUGGGAGAAUGCCCUGGAGUUAAUGAUAGUUGGAUGGAUGUUAUCUCUUCACAAGGCAUAUCUUUACUUUCUGUUGAUCUUUCUGGUUCAGAUGUCACUGAUUCUGGAUUGGCUUAUCUAAAAGACUGCACAAAUCUGCAAGCGUUAAAUUUUAAUUAUUGUGACCAGAUUUCAGACCCUGGACUUAGUAAUAUUAGUGGCCUCUCAAAUUUGACAAGUUUGAGUUUUAGAAGAAACAAUUCAAUUACGGCACAAGGAAUGAGUGCCUUUGCUAGCUUAGUUAACUUGGUGAAAUUGGAUCUAGAGAGGUGUCCUGGCAUUGGAGGUGGGCUUGUUCAUCUCAAAGAUUUGAUGAAGUUGGAGUCUCUUAAUAUCAAAUGGUGCAACUGCAUAACAGAUGCUGAUAUGAAGUAUCUUUCUGGGCUGGUAAAGUUGAAAGGAUUGCAAAUCUCCUGCAGCAAGGUUACAGAUGUGGGCAUUUCUUAUUUGAAAGGUUUGCAUAAGCUCAAUCUAUUAAACUUGGAGGGGUGCCCAGUCACAGCUGCAUGCUUGGACUCUCUUUCAGCUCUUGCUGCUCUGUUGUAUUUGAAUCUUAACAGGUGCCAUCUUUCUGAUGAUGGAUGCGAGGCUUUUUCCAAGCUUGGAAGACUUAAAGUGUUAAACUUAGGCUUCAAUGAUAUCUCAGACGCAUGUUUGGUACACCUCAAAGGUUUGACAAAUUUGGAGAGCUUGAAUUUGGAUUCUUGCAGAAUUGAUGAUGAGGGGCUGGCUAAUUUAACAGGUCUUCGACAUUUGAAAUGUCUGGUGUUGUCAGAUACUGAAGUUGGAAGUAGUGGGCUCCGCCACCUAUCUGGUUUGACCAAUUUGGAGAGUAUAAAUCUCUCGUUCACUAUGAUAACAGAUGGCGGUAUAAGAAAAUUGUCUGGAUUAUCAUCUCUCAAAUCGCUUAAUCUAGAUGCUCGCCAAAUUACAGAUAGUGGUCUCGCAGCAUUGACAAAUUUGACUGGAUUGACCCAUCUGGAUCUCUUUGGAGCUCGUAUUACAGAUUCUGGGACACAUUAUUUGCGAAAUUUCAAGAACCUGCAGUCUUUGGAAAUAUGUGGUGGAGGAUUAACUGAUGCUGGCAUAAGAAACAUAAAGGAUCUUUCAUCCCUGUCACUGCUAAAUUUGUCACAGAAUUGCAACCUAACUGACAAAUCACUGGAAUUGAUUUCUGGGUUGACAGGAUUGGUCUCUUUGAAUGUGUCAAAUUCUCGGAUAACCAGUGCAGGGUUGCAGCAUCUGAAGCCACUGAAAAACUUAAAAUCAUUGACCUUAGAGUCAUGCAAGGUCACAGCUACUGAUAUUAAGAAGCUUCAAUCAACUGACCUCCCUCAAUUAGUGAGCUUCCGGCCUGAAUAGUUGAGAAGGUAAUAUGGGAUCUCUAUGUAAAUAGUUUCUGUCAGCAUGGAUUUGAUGUUUGAAAUAAUAACAUCAAGUUACAAAAGACAAAUGAUCUUUAUGUUUCUGUCGGCAUGGAUCUUUAUGGGAUCUUUAUGUAAAUAGUUUCUGUCGGCAUGGAUUUGAUGUUUGAAAUAAUAACAUCAAGUUACAAAAGACAAAUGAUGAAUUUGUACAUAUGGGUCAUGGGAUGGUAGUAAAAAAGCUUGCACCUUGUGUGAAGCUUUCUUUCAUAUUGUUGCAGUAUGAAAGAAAUUGUAUAUAAGCUUCCUAGCAAGUUAUUUGAGCAAAUUAAAAAUCAGAGGAUACAAAGAAUUUCUUGUAUAUAUUGUUGGAUGGCAGCAUGUUAUGCAUUUGAGGUCUACAGCUUUUUUCUGCCAA